CAGUGCUGUAGUGAAACUGAUGUUGAUGUUGUUUAAUCUGUCAUGAUGAAAUGAAACUUGGAUGUCAUUUUUGUCCAAGUGGUUCUACGAAGCUCGCACUCUAUGCAUCAGGGAUUAGAUAUUAUUCAGUGCUAUUUUGUGGGUUUUGGUGAACAUGGCCUAGGAUGGACAUCCCUUCUGGCUUCUACUGUUUUUGUGAAAAAGCUCUUAGUUUGUGCUGCAGGCUCUCAGAGCUUCUGGUUUCAUACUGCCCUCAUGUGGACAAAAAAAAAAAAAAAAAAAGAUGGCCUUCUAGAGAAUUUGCAUGGACCUUUGAUCCUUUAAAGACUGAAAUGACCGGCAGCUGUGUCCCGUGAACAGGUUUGACCGGUUUAGUUUUUGUUUUGCUUUCAGUUUGUUUUGCGUGUUAAAAUCUAGUUUCCACUGACGAAGACACUUGACGGUCAAGCACAGGAUGAGCCAAUAAACUCUGCGUCUCACACCAGUCUGAAGUAUUUGACAAACCCGGCUGAAUGCUCUUGAUGAAAAGAUGGCAAAACCAAAAAAUAUCAAAAGCUGUAAAAAAUUGGAGCAACUUUUGAAUGAAUAUGCAGAACAAAUACAGGAGCUGUGUCGUCUUAACGACAUAUGCCCAAAAGGAAACAAAGGCCAGAAAAAGAGAAUAAAGGAUGCAGCAAAAGAACUCAGAGAGCUUAUGGAAACUGAAGAUCAGUCAUUUGAUGUCUCAUCUAUACUCAGUAAUAUAGAAUCAGCAACAGAAAUGAUAAAGAAAACAAUCGAAGAACUAGAAAGCGAUUCUGAUCCUGUCCAGCCGUGCAAUGUCAGAAGUAUGCCCCGAGUUCUAUGUGACACUAAAAAGAAAAUGAUUGCAUCUGGUGCAGUAAAGCAUGAUCAUACAAUUAUGAGAUUUAUGAAAGAUCUCAAAACAAACCAAAAACCAUUUCCCGCAAUCCAGAAACUAUUCCAGGAGGAGACGUCUUAUAAAUUAAGAAAUGCUUACAACAAAAUGGGAAUUGAUACAAAAGGUUGUGAGACAUGUGAAUUAGAGGAUGAUUCUGAAUGGGAAGUUGAAAAACCUUCAGAGGUCACAGCUGAUGCAAAUAUUAAGUACAGUGUCAGCUCCUCUGCAGGGCAGCAUGAAUGUUCAGAGACUGGCCUCCGCUGGCGGUCUGACAGUGAUGUCAGUUUGGAGUAUCGGAUCAUUGACUGGGAAUCAUUACAUGAAGAUAUCAUGAAGAACUAUAAACCAUGUGGACCUUUGAUGGACAUCACUGUAACCUCUGGCACUCUGGAGGAAAUUCAUCUACCUCACUUCAUCUGUGUAGAUUCUGUAUCUUCAUCAGAUGAUGCAGUGAAAGCUCUUCAUGUAAACGGCAGUGAAGCUUCAUUGGAGAGAUGUGAACUAACCAGAUUCCACGCCAAGCUUCUCAAUCCCACCUUCUCACUCUUAGGAGUUAUUGCACAUUUGCAUCAGUACUUCACCAUGAAAUUUCACUGUGAAACUUUGAUUUAUCGCAACAAAAUUGCUGCCCUUAACCUUCAUGUGUACCUGAUUUUACAGGAUGAAAAACUUAAGAAGGAUGUGAAGGAGAAGGAGAAACAUAAUAUGGAGAUUGUAAAACCAUCACCAGAUGAAGCCCUUAAAAUCGAUGACUGUUACACCCUGAAGACAUCUUGUGACUCCAAAAUCAAACCUCAGGUACUUGUAAAAAGUUUGCCUUUAAAGUUGCCCAAUGCUCCAAAGAUCGUGAGGCAGCACAAAGGUCCUGCAUUAGAACCAGUAAAGCAAAACAGCCCCAAGCUUGACCAAAGAGGCCACAGAGGUCCUCAGGUCCACCCAAAAGGCCACAGCACUGCUGACCUCCACCCAAAAGACCACAGGACUCCUGACCUCCAUCGAAGAGGCCACAGCAGUCCUGAGCUUUACCCAAGUGACGACAGCACUCCUGAGCUCUACCCAAGAGGCCACAGCAGUCCUGAGCUUUUCCCAAGUGACGACAGCACUCCUGAGCUCUACCCAAGAGGCCACAGCACUCCUGAGCUCUACCCAAACGCCAUAGCAGUACUGAACCCAACCCAAGAGGCCUCAACAGUCAUAAGCUCCAUUCAACUCAGCACUAUAGCACCAAGUUAUCUUCAAGCAGGAACACCAUCACUGAACGCUGUACAUCGAGGCACGUCAGCCCUGAGAUUCAUCCAUUAA